AUGGCAGCCACCACCGCAGCCCCCGCCCCGCUCUGGAGCGUCUUCGACGCGUCCUGGACCGCCAUGACGGGCUCGCCGGCGUCGGCCUUCGCCUUCACGCCAUCGACGGCGCCGUUCGCGACGCUCAAGUCGACCGUGUCGAUGAUGGCCGUCUACUACGCGGCCAUCUUCGGCGGGCGCGAGCUGAUGCGCAACCGGCCGGCCUUCCAGCUCAAGACGCCGUUCAUGCUGCACAACUUCUUCCUCACCGCGCUGUCGGGCGGGCUGCUGGUGCUGUUCCUCGAGCAGAUUGUGCCCACGCUGUGGCGCCGCGGCGUCUACGACUCCGUGUGCGCCGCCGACGCGGGCUGGACGGAGCCGCUCAACCUGCUGUACUACCUCAACUACCUCACCAAGUACGUCGAAUUCAUCGACACGGUCUUCCUCGUCCUCAAGAAGAAGCCGCUCACCUUCCUGCACACGUACCACCACGGGGCCACGGCGCUCCUCUGCUUCGUGCAGAUGGCGGGCCGCACGCCCGUGUCGUGGGUGCCCAUCACGCUCAACCUGUCGGUGCACUGCGUCAUGUACUUUUACUACUUCCAGUCGGCGCGCGGCGUGCAGUGCUGGUGGAAGCGCCACAUCACCGUCAUGCAGAUCGUGCAGUUCGUCAUCGACCUCGGCUUCGUCUACUUCACGGCGUACAACCUGUUCGUGUCGCGCCACCUCGCCGACGUGCUGCCCCACGUCGGCGCGUGCGACGGCGGCGAGGUCGCGGCCGUGACGGGCGCCGCCAUCCUGACCAGCUAUCUGUUCUUGUUCGUCGCUUUUUACUUUGCGACCUACAAGAAGAAGGCCCCCGCGGCCAAGUCGGCGGCGCAGAAGGCCUCGGAUCUGCACAGGGUGGCGUCCAAGGCGUCGGUUGCGCUGGCGGCCGGUGGGGUCAAGCUGAUGCCGGCGAUCAAGGAGUAG